GCGGUGACUUGUUUGAAACACUGCACUCCUCAGGAGUGAUCGGUGUGUGAGCCUGGGGGCUGGGUCUGAAUCUUGGUGCUGGGCGAGACUAUACCCUCUGGGGGUGCCUGGGGGAAACACAGUCUUACGACUCUUCCUGCUGAUGCAAUCUGCAGGGGAGCCAUCGAUCUCGGCUGCCAGAGGGCCAGUCUGCACUCCCGCCCGCCACGUGUGGCCGCCGCCACCGCAGCCACCGCAGCCACUUCCCCAGACCUUCCCGCAGCCGCCGACCCGGACCGCACGGAGGGCCCGGGACGCAUCGGGUUUGCCCUCGGCUCAGCUCCAGCUGUCCUCCCGGCCGACAGAACAAUGAAGGACUGCGAUAAUGGAUGCUCCGCGGCAUGUGCCGGACAAGCAGGAUCAAGAGAGGUGGUGGGGACUUUUAAGGCCAAAGAUCUAAUAAUCACACCAGCCACCAUUUUAAAGGAAAAGCCAGACCCAAAUACUCUGGUUUUUGGAACUGUUUUCACGGAUCACAUGUUGACAGUGGAGUGGUCCUCAGAGUUUGGAUGGGAGAAACCACAUAUCAAGCCUCUUCAAAACCUGUCAAUGCAUCCUGGCUCGUCAGCUUUCCACUAUGCAGUGGAAUUAUUUGAAGGAUUGAAGGCGUUUCGAGGAGUUGAUAAUAAAAUUCGACUAUUUCGACCAAAUCUCAACAUGGAUAGAAUGUACCGAUCUGCUGUGAGGGCAACUUUGCCGGUAUUUGGCAGGGAAGAACUUUUAGAGUGUAUUCAACAGCUUGUGAAAUUGGAUCAAGAAUGGGUCCCAUAUUCAACAUCUGCUAGUCUGUAUAUUCGUCCUACGUUCAUCGGAACUGAGCCUUCUCUUGGAGUCAAGAAGCCUACCAAAGCCCUGAUCUUUGUAAUCUUGAGCCCAGUGGGACCUUAUUUUUCAAGUGGAACCUUUAGUCCAGUGUCGCUGUGGGCCAAUCCGAAGUAUGUAAGAGCCUGGAAAGGUGGGACUGGGGACUGCAAGAUGGGAGGGAAUUAUGGCUCAGGUCUUUUUGCCCAAUGUGAAGCAAUGGAUAACGGCUGUCAGCAGGUUCUGUGGCUCUAUGGAGAGGAUAAUCAGAUAACCGAAGUUGGAACUAUGAAUCUUUUUCUUUAUUGGAUAAAUGAAGAUGGAGAAGAAGAACUGGCAACUCCUCCGCUAGAUGGCAUCAUUCUUCCAGGAGUGACAAGGCAGAGCAUUCUGGACCUGGCACACAAAUGGGGUGAAUUUAAGGUGUCAGAGCGGUAUCUCACCAUGGAUGACUUGACAGCAGCCCUGGAGGGGAACCGAGUGAGGGAGAUGUUUGGCUCUGGGACAGCCUGCGUUGUUUGCCCAGUUUCUGAUAUACUGUACAAGGGUGAGACUAUACACAUUCCAACUAUGGAAAAUGGUCCUAAGCUUGCAAGCCGGAUUUUGGACACAUUGACUGAUAUUCAGUACGGAAGAGAAGAGAGCGACUGGACAAUCGUAGUAUCCUGAAUGGAAAGUACAGGAUAUCAUCUGUGUGCUAUUGGGACAGACUGUUGCAUUUGAAUUAUGAUAAAUUUCUUUGGCUACCCAUUUUUAGUUGUGCACAAUGUAGUUUGUAUUAUCAGUGUUCCCAGGGUGGUUCUUUCCUCGUGCCAGAGCAAAUGAAUUACAAUCAUUGAAUUGUGUUUUGUAAAGUUGAGAAUAGAUGCUUACCUGACCUUCUCUUAGAAAGAUGAUAAUGUAAGCCAUGUAGCGUAGAAUUUUCCUCAAUAAUCCCAGUGCCUCCCUUAGUACUUCACUCAGAUACAAAAAUUUUUGUUUAUUCUUUAGUAUAAGUUAUGUUCUGCUCCUCAACCAAAUGAGGUUUUUUAUGUUUGAAAGCUGAUUUGAGUAAAUUUCAUAGGUAACACUUCCUGUGACACAUCUUCAUCCUCAGAAAGUGUUUUAUUUUUUUAAAAUCAAGACUUGGAAGAACUGGAUUUCCUCCCAUCACAUUUUUUUCCAGGCCCCCUAUGUCUAUAAUAAGGUAAAUCUGUCCCUUCUUCCUGGUGUCACAGUCUACUCCAAGCUCACUUUGUGCAUCAGCAAGACCCGUGCACAUUUCCACCAUUGCCCUUUCCACGUUGUAUUGCUGUUGGCUGUUUGUCAGGCUCCACUACAAGACCGAGGGUCUUGUGCCUUAGACAUCUCUGUAUCCCGCUGCCUGGCACAUAAUAGAUACUCGGUAAAUAAUGAAUGAAUGAACAUUUACCUUCUAUAGAAGUGUACCUUCUUUGUUUCUAUAUUAUGAAACCUCUUUAUUAGAAUUUGUGAUUGAUUCUGACAUUGUGUAUAUUUACCUCAUAUUGUCUUUAUUGUCGAAGGACUGCUAAGUCAUUAGAGAUACUCAGAGGCAUAAUUUGUUGGAGGAGUUAUUUCAUAUUUGAAGACUGUCUUGGAAUUGAAGUAAUAGCUCUAGGGAGGUCUUGACAUCAUACCAACCAAAUGGAAAUGACAUAUGUUAAGUGUUAAAUACAUAUAUGUUAAGUGUUAAGAACAAAAUAAAUCAUUAUAUUUAGUUUUUUGGCAGAAGGCAAAGAGGUAUACUCUAGUUUUUAUACUAUGGUUUUGUAUGUGAUCAUUUCUGCUCAAUGGGGAUUGGAUGAGCACAUGGUUAGGGUACAGGGAGAGCAAUUACAGAAGAUAUUUUCCUCGUUUAGGAGCUGUGAGUUAAAAUCAUAUCCUGGUUUAUCUAGGGGAAAGUCAAAUCUUGAUAGAAAACAUUUACCCUUGAAAGGUCAACUCUCAGACACUAUAUUUUGGUUUCCUUCAGUCCUGAUAACUUUCAUCUGCUGAUCAUAUUUCAUUCUCUUUUCAGAGCAAGGAAAAAAACAUUCUUAAAAGUUUGAUGUGUUGGAAAAAUUUCCUUCAGGCAUGUAGCAGCACAUAGCAAAUGGAGCUUUGAUUCUUUUCCAAGACUUUUGGCCAUCGGGUCUUUUUAGAUAGGAAUGGUAAAGUGAAAAUUAGGGAAGUAUAAGAUGAAAAGGAAUGUUAAAAAUAUCUUUUAGGGGGCUUGUAAUUGGUGAUCUGAAAUCUUGGGAGAGUCUUGUUCUUUUCAGGCCUCGGGUGCUGUAACACAUCCUCUACACACGUUCACCAAGGAGCAUUCGAAGGGUCUGUGUUUGCCUUGGCUAAAUCCGGUGACCUGUUUUUAAUAUAGUAGUCUAGAAAAGUCUUGUAGGUAAUUCUAACCUGUCAAGUAGCACAUAAUAACUGGACUCAUGAGAAAUGGAAAUCAUUUGUUUGCCCCAAUACGUUUUAUACUUUGCAUCUUUAAAUUUAGUAUGGCAGGACAUGUCCAUUCUAAAAGUUAGAGAACAAUAUAUCUUGACAUUAUGUCUGUAUGAUUUCUUUCAUCAAACCUUAAGAGUAUUUUAAGCCCUUCCUAUGAGACACAGUGAAGACUAAGGAUAUACAUUCUAAAAAACUAGAGGUCUCCUAAAACAGAGGACAUAAUCUGUCAUUCUCGUGUAAGUAAUAAGACAGGAAAUUGACCUUGCCACUAACUUGUUAAAUAGAUUUAAAAGGAACAUCUGCACAUCUUUUUUCCUUGUGCACUAUUUGUUUAAUUGCAGUGGAUUAAUACAGCAAGAGUGGCACAUUAUAACUAGGCAAUUAUCCAUUCUUCGAGAUUUAGUUAUCGUAACACUAAUUGAUCAUUUAAGGCGUAAGAUAGUCUAGCAUUAAGAACAUGUGAGGCUAAUCUGCUCAAAAAGAUCAACAAAUUAAUAUUGUUGCUGAUAUUUACAUAAUUGGCUGCAAUUAUUUAAUGUUUAAUUGGGUUGAUCAAAUGAGAUUCAGCAAUUCACAUGUGCAUGAAUAUAAACAGAACUGGUGGCACUUAAAAUGAUAAUGAUUAACUUAUUUUGCAUGCCUCUUCCUCCUGCUUUUUUCAGUUUUCACAUUUCAGACCAAGUUUGUCAGCUUUUUCCAAAACACAUCAGUAGAAACCAAGAUUUUAAAACGAAGUGUUCAGACAUAGACAAAACUAGAGCAUUUCCUAAAAAUAUUUGCUAUUAGAAAUUUUCUUUGUUACAGUCAUUUAUUAGGGAUUCAACUCAUGAUACGCCAAAACAAGAGUCAACUUCAGGGAUGUACACCAUGCUGUCUAGUACCUGCAGCUGGCAGGAAUGAAUAAACUAA